CAGCAAAACUGGCGUACAUUUACUGUGAAGGGUUGGCACAUUAUUUCAGGCUGUACUGUAAUAAUAACAUUUUCUAACUUGACGCUGGUGGUUUCUGUACAUCGGGAGCAGAAAGAACCAAGAAAUGUCAAAAUGGAGCCUCAAAGGAAGCUGAUAAACUCCGUGGACAACUGUGUAGAUGAAGCCCUCUGUGGUCUGGUUCGGUCCAGCGCUGACCUCUGUAUGCUGCAAGGUCACAGAGUUGUGAUCCGCUCUGACCUGGAGCACCUGAGAGGAAAGGUGGCUCUGCUGUCAGGAGGUGGCUCAGGACACGAGCCUGCUCAUGGGGGUUACGUCGGAGCAGGCGGGGGGGCGGGAUUGCUGUCUGCUGCCGUAGCAGGAGGAGUUUUUGCAUCGCCUCCUCCUGCCAGUAUCCUCGCUGCUAUCAUGACUCUGCAUCAGGCAGGAUCGUCUGCCGUCCUCCUCAUCGUUAAAAACUACACUGGCGACAGACUGAACUUUGGUCUAGCGGCAGAACAGGCCAGGAACCGUGGUGUGGUGGUGGAUAUGGUGAUUGUAGCAGAGGAUUGUGCCUUUGACACAAUCAGUAAAGCUGGGAGGAGGGGCCUAUGCGGGACCAUCUUUAUCCACAAGCUGGCAGGAGCCAUGGCAGACCGUGGCUGUUCCUUGGAUCAGAUUGUUGUCAAGAUGACGCAGGUGUUAAAGGCAAUGGGGACACUGGGAGUAAGUCUGUCUCCCUGCAGCGUCCCAGGCUGCCGUCCCACAUUUGAACUCCCUCCAGGGGAAAUGGAGUUGGGACUGGGGAUUCAUGGUGAACCUGGAAUCAAACGUUCUACGGUGACUUCUGCAGAUGAGGUGGUGAGAAUGAUGAUCGCUCACAUGACCAACCCUGACAGCCAAGCAUGUCUGCCACUGAAUCCUGGAGACAGUGUGGUUGUGUGUGUGAACAACCUGGGAGGUCUGUCCUGUUUGGAGAUGGCUGUUGUUACUCGAGCUGCUGUCAUGUGUCUGGAGAGUCGGGGGCUGAUGGUUGUCAGAGUGAUGUCAGGGUCGUUCAUGACAUCACUGGAGAUGGCGGGAAUGUCACUGACGCUGAUGGUAGCCGACGAACAUAUACUUGAGCUGUUUGAUGUUAAGACCAUUGCCCCAGCUUGGCCAAAUCUGAGCCGGGUCUGUGUCAGUGGACGUGAUUAUAUCACAGUUCCACCACCUACGGGACCAGGAGCAAAGGAUGAUACACACUGUGAAGGUCCACUGAGUACUGUGAUGCGUAAAAGUUUGGAGCAUGUUUGUUUCACACUAUUGAACAAACAGGAGGAACUGAAUUCCCUGGAUCGAGCGGCUGGAGACGGAGACUGUGGAAACACUCACGCUCAGGCAGCCACAGCCAUCCAGGAGUGGCUCCAGAGUCAUGUGGUUCCUGGCUGUCCUGGUAAACUCCUUUCUGUCUUGGCCGGAUUGGUCCAGGAGAAGAUGGGCGGGUCUUCAGGAGCCCUCUACAGUCUCUUUCUGACUGCCGCUGCAAGUCAUGUGACUGAGGGGCAGAGCAACGCUGCAGCCUGGACCGCUGCAUUGCAUGCUGGAACAGAGGCCAUGAGGAGAUAUGGUGGAGCUGAUCCUGGAGACAGAACCAUGUUGGACGCAUUGUGUCCUGCUGUGGACGAGUUCAUGAAGCUGAAUUUGGCUCCCCCUGGUGGAAAGUUAGUGGCACUGCAGGCUGCAGUGCAGAAAGCAGCAGCGGGGGCAGAAUCAACUCGUUACCUCACGGCGAGGGCGGGUCGAGCCAGUUACAUCCCAGCAGAACGAGUCACUUUGCCUGACCCUGGCGCUGUGGCUGUGGCAGCCAUUUUUGGAGCAGUUUUGGAGUCCCUGCAGGGGCAGGAUUGAAAAAGUCAAGAUCACACGACCAUCCAAAUGAAAGCUGUGAUCACUGUAGUAAAAUGUUUAGAAAAGUAAUAUUAAAAACUACUUUAAACUUUAGACUCAACAUUCCAGUAAUAACUGAAAUACAGAAAAGUCUGUAUGUACAGAGGGGUAUCAUCUGAUUGGAACAAUAACAUAUAUAAUUAUACUUAAUAUUGAAUAAUCA